AUGAUUGAUGUCGAGGCCACCAUAGAAGGAAAAAAAGUGUUCAUCUCAUUUAUCUAUGGUGAUCUGGUCAUUGAUGGCCGAGAAAGUUUUUGGGAUCGUUUGAACCAGAUUAGCCUUACCCGACAUGGACCAUGGUUAAUGAUUGGGGACUUUAAUGAAUUAACUGGUAAUCAUGGGAAGAGAGGAGGCAGAAGGAGAUCAGAAUCUUCAUUCUUACCUUUUAAACGUAUGCUUGAUAGCUGUGGUAUGCUAAACUUCCCCUACAAAGGAAAUUCUAUGUCCUGGGUUGGCUACAGAAGAUCUGGAAAAGUUCAAUGCCGCUUAGAUAGAGCGGUUGGAAAUGAAGAUUGGUUUCAAGAGUUUUCCCACACCACUGUGGAGUAUUUAAAAUUAUGGGGUUCAGACCAUAGGCCUGUACUAGCAAGAAUCUCAUCAAAGUUUAUUAACGUGAAACGAAACUUUAAGUUUGACAAAAGAUGGCUAGGGAAGACAGGCUUGAAAGCAUCCAUAAUAGAGGGAUGGGAUCCUCUGCAUACCUCGGAACAGGGAGACGUGUAUUCCAAGAUAUCUUCAUGCAGACAAGCCAUCUUGAGAUGGAAAAAAACGAAUAAGUCAAACACAGUCAAGAAGAUAGAAGAGAUAAAAGCUCAACUAGAACAGAACCAAACAGAUGGUAAUGGGACAAGUGAGGAAGCCCUAAAACUGAAAUGGGAUCUCUGCUCAGCUUUUAGAGACGAAGAGCUAUACUGGCGACAGAAAAGCCGAGUAACUUGGUUAAGAGAAGGAGAUAGAAAUACCAAACUUUUUCACGCUACAACCAAGCAAAGGCGGGCACGAAAUCGCAUCAUAAAACUAAAAAAAGAAGAUGGGUCAUGGGCUGAAACGGACAAGGGCAUAGAAAAAGUGGCUACAGAAUACUUUUCACCUCUUCAAAUCCCAACAACUUUGAUGAAUCUCACCGAUACGUGA